CGCCCACGCACCGUCGGGACCGCGAGCCUGCUCUCCCCGCACCUCCUCACGUCCCACGGGCAGGGUGCUGUAUGAGAACGUAAAAGGAAGAGAAAUUUAUUUUCUGUAGACUGAGCCGUCGAUAAGGAGUGCCUGUGAAGAAGACGGGGUAUUUCCCUGAGGCCUAUAUCCUACCUUGAUUGUCUUGUCUUGAAGUAUUAUAAAUCAGGAUGUCUGCACAGUCAGUGGAAGAGGAUUCAAUACUUAUCAUCCCAACUCCAGAUGAAGAGGAAAAAAUUCUGAGAGUGAAGUUGGAGGAGGAUCCUGAUGGCGAAGAGGGGUCAAGUAUCCCCUGGAACCAUCUCCCUGACCCGGAGGUUUUCCGGCAGCGAUUCAGGCAGUUUGGAUACCAGGAUUCACCUGGGCCCCGUGAAGCUGUGAGCCAGCUUCGGGAACUUUGCCGUCUAUGGCUCAGGCCAGAGACCCACACAAAAGAACAAAUCUUGGAGCUGGUAGUACUGGAGCAGUUUGUUGCCAUCCUACCCAAGGAGCUACAGACUUGGGUUCGAGAGCAUCAUCCAGAGAAUGGAGAGGAGGCAGUGACAGUGCUGGAGGAUUUAGAGAGUGAACUGGAUGACCCUGGACAGCCGGUUUCUCUUCGACGACGAAAACGGGAAGUGUUAGUAGAGGAGAUGGUAUCUCAAGAAGAAGCUCAGGGAUUACCAAGUUCUGAGCUGGAUGCCGUGGAAAACCAGCUCAAGUGGGCAUCCUGGGAGCUCCAUUCCCUAAGGCACUGUGAUGAUGAUGCUAGGACUGAAAAUGGAGCGCUAGCUCCAAAGCAGGAGAUUCCUUCAGCAGUAGAAUCUCAUGAAGUUCCUGGCACUCUCAAUAUAGGUGUUCCUCAAAUUUUUAAAUAUGGAGAAACCUGUUUCCCCAAGGGCAGGUUUGAAAGAAAGAGAAAUCCCUCCCGAAAGAAACAACAUAUAUGCGAUGAAUGUGGAAAACACUUCAGUCAGGGCUCAGCCCUUAUUCUUCAUCAAAGAAUCCACAGUGGGGAGAAACCCUAUGGAUGUGUUGAGUGUGGGAAAGCAUUCAGCAGGAGUUCCAUCCUUGUGCAACACCAGAGAGUCCAUACUGGAGAAAAACCUUACAAAUGUCUCGAAUGUGGAAAAGCCUUUAGCCAGAAUUCUGGGCUUAUUAAUCAUCAGAGAAUCCAUACUGGGGAGAAACCUUAUGAAUGUGUUCAGUGUGGGAAAUCCUAUAGUCAAAGCUCAAAUCUUUUUAGACAUCAGCGAAGACACAAUGCAGAGAAACUUCUCAAUGUUGUGAAAGUUUAAGAAAUGAAAAAAAAAAAAAUCAGCACUCAGGUCUUUUUCUUCUGAAAUGAAGACAAAAUUAAAAACAUGAAAUGAUACAUAAUAGUUUUCCUAUAGACUUAGAAAAUCCACUGGGAAAUGUAGAAAAUUUCCACCCACUAUUAUUAUCUUAUCUUGAAAGAAAUGGUGUCAUACCUGCCUAGAAACUGAAAUUUUAAACUUAAUUCAGGUGUUAAUGCCUAAAUCUUCCAUGUGAUGUUUAUAUUCUUAUUAUUUUUCCAAAUGAACUACCUGAUUCUUUGUCCCUUUGUUAAAACUUUCCUUCUUAGACAGAUAUGUUAUUUGUGUUGAUCAUUGAAAUGUUCUUUACAAGGAUACAUUCCUUUCUACAUUGAAAAGCAAUGUAGGAAUUGUAAAAUCCGAAAACUGAAACCAUUUUUUCCAAAUUUACCAGUUUUCUUUUACCUAAUUUGAAUAUGCAUUUCAGAAAAUAGAAGAUAAAGGAUGACCAAAAACCUCAAAGUGAAAUGAGCCUUAAAACUCAGAUAAGAAGUGAUGAUGAUGAAACAUCAAAAAGUGAAUGGGACACCUAGAUUGGGGAAGAUUGACAAAUACUUUGAUCCAAGAAUUGAAGUAUAUCAAGCAUUUAUCUAGGUGUAGUUAGUUUCCUUCCUGCAGGAAAACUCAAAAAUAGCUCAUCUUACCUGUAAUUGGGAAGCAUCCCACUAAUGAAAAUAAUGUCCUCUCAUGUAUCAUUAGAAAGUGGACAGUCUAAACAGUAAACAGUUGUAAAACUAUGAAGGUAGAAAUUAUAACACUAGGGAAAGAUUUGUAGUGGAUGGCAGUGUUGAAGGGCAAAUGUAAACAAGAGUGAUGGUCUGUCUUGGCUUUUAGAGAACAAAAGACUUGAAGAUCUAAGUCGUUAUUAUUUUUCCUUCGUUUUUGUUAAGGACAGAAAAAUCCCUGACAGGUGGGCAACAAGUAUCAGGUUUGCGAUUUUAUGCCUUUGGUACAAAAGGAUUGAACACCAGGCUAACAAAGCAGCCAUGCAUUUAUUAAAUUUUCUACCGACAAGGCACUGUGCUAGGUACUGUAACCCUGCCAUAAUUAGGUAGGUAUUUCUUCCACUGUAAAUCAUUGGGGGUUGGUACAAAGCUGUUUCAUGUGAGUUAGCCUCU